AUGUCGAAGAACACGUUUAUCGAGAUGCCCCUUGAGAUCAAGAACAGAAUCUUUGAGCAACUCUUGUUGUUCGAAUUGCCAAUAGAUAUGGUGAUGCGCUGGGGAAAGCCUAUAGGGUACGGCAGCAACGCGACUAUGAGUUCCGAACUUUCGUUUCCUGUUCUCAGUCUCAACAAGCAGAUAAACCUAGAGGCCUCCACCUUUCUAUACCAACGGAACGAGUUCAAGUUCGCAACAGACUGUAACACAUAUACCAUCACACCUUUCUUAAGAAACAUCGGAGAGCAAAACGCGGGAUUUAUACACAGAAUCUGUAUCACUUACCCAGCUUUCGAGUGCAACGAAUAUUCUGGUUUCGAUGAGAGCUACGGGAUUGCUCUUCCAAUUGGCGGAAGUUCUGCCGGUACAGUCAAGGUCGAUGACAUGAGCGCCCAGGCGUUUAGAGUUAUCGCGUGGAGGUGCCCAAAUCUAAAGUUCCUUACGAUGACACGAUCAGGUACCCGAGAAUCGAGACAUAGGGGCUCGAGUCAGUUGGAUAUAAAGGCCGUUUUGGCGGUGAACGAGCAUUUGAAGCAUUUUCCAAAAGAAACAAAGAUUGUUGUUGACGUGCAGCUUGGGCCUGAAGACAGUCAGGUAAAGAGAACGAUGCGCAGUUGCGGUUGGAUGAUCAAGUCUUGA